GUAGUGCUGAGGCAGACGGUCAGCGGGUGGGUUUAUUUUUGGGUCAGUGACUCUGAGUCGAUGGCUGCAGAUGCGUCAGAACGGAAGGCUCUGAGAUACAAGCAAACCCUGCUCUAUGGGGAGUACCAGGAGCACCAGGGCGGCUCCGGCCGGCGGGAGGCCACGCGCCUGCUGACCGAGCGGCAGAUCAAGAAACACGGCGACCACCACCGCGGCCACGGGAAGACGCGGCACGGACUGGGCCGCCGCGGUCAGAAUGGAUACCAGAGUCGCUACCAGAGCCGCCAGAGGAACCGGCGUCAGUCCAACAUGGAGGCCGAGGCUGCUGACGAGCAAGCAGCCGACCCCGACCUCACGUCGUCCAUGAAGAAGACACGCUCGUACUCCAAGUGCAGAGACUGCAUAGCCCGUGUGCAGAGGUUCCUGGUGACCCGGUUGGGAGAAGACUGGAUCUUCCUGGUUCUGCUCGGCAUCAGCAUGGCGCUGGUCAGCUGGACCAUGGACUACGCCAGCGCAAAGAGCCUGGAAGCCUAUAAAUGGAUUCAUGGCGAGCUGAGGGGGAACAUCCCAUUACAGUUCCUGGCCUGGGUUUCAUAUCCCCUGCUGUUCAUCCUGUUCUCCUGCCUCUUCUGUAACCUGGUGUCUCCUCAAGCGAUCGGCUCUGGAAUCCCAGAGCUGAAGACCAUCCUGAGAGGCGUCGUGCUGAAGGAGUAUCUGACCCUCAAGGCCUUUGUUGCUAAAGUCAUCGGCCUGACGGCGGCGCUGGGCAGCGGCAUGCCGGUGGGCAAAGAGGGCCCGUUUGUCCACAUCGCCAGUAUCUGUGCUGCAGUUCUCAGCAGGUUCAUGUCCUUCUUCUCAGGAGCUUAUCAGAAUCCAUACUGUUACACAGACAUCCUAACGGUGGGCUGUGCUGUCGGGGUGGGCUGCUGCUUCGGGACUCCCCUCGGAGGGGUGCUGUUCAGUAUCGAGGUGACGUCCACGUACUUUGCUGUGAGGAACUACUGGAGAGGAUACUUCGCAGCUACGUUCAGCGCCUUCAUAUUCAGAGUAUUAUCCGUGUUCAACAAAGACGCAGUGACCAUCACUGCUCUGUUCAGGACAAACUUCCGCAUGGAUUUCCCCUUCGACCUCCAGGAGCUGCCGGCGUUCGCCAUCAUCGGGAUUUGCUGCGGCUUCCUGGGAGCGUUCUUUGUUUAUCUGAACCGAUGCGUGGUUCUGUUCAUGAGACGACCCAACGCCAUGACCCGCUUCCUCACCAAACAUCGCCUUGUAUUUCCUGCUGUGGUGACGCUGGUCAUCGCCACCCUGACCUUCCCGCCCGGGUUCGGACAGUUCAUGGCAGGAGAGCUGAUGCCCAGGGAGUGCAUCAACUCUUUGUUUGAUAACUUCACGUGGACGAAGAUCUCGGGAUCGACUCUUCCUCUCGGUCUGGGCCGCUCGGCCGCCUGGAUCCACCCGGACGUCAGCGUCUUCAUCGUCCUGCUGCUCUUCCUCUUCAUGAAGUUCUGGAUGUCGGCCGUGGCCACCACCAUGCCCAUCCCCUCUGGAGCCUUCAUGCCAGUCUUCAUACUGGGAGCUGCGUUCGGCCGGCUGGUCGGGGAGAUCAUGGCGACUCUGUUUCCUCAGGGGAUCACGUUCGAUGGAAUCCUCUACCGCAUCAUCCCCGGAGGGUACGCUGUGAUUGGAGCGGCGGCGUUGACCGGAGCGGUGACUCACACGGUGUCCACGGCGGUGAUCUGCUUCGAGCUGACCGGUCAGAUCUCCCACAUCCUGCCCAUGAUGGUGGCGGUGAUCCUGGCCAACAUGGUGGCCCAGGGCCUGCAGCCGUCCCUGUACGACUCCAUCAUCCAGGUCAAGAAGCUGCCGUACCUGCCGGAGCUCGGCUUCGGUCACAUGAGCCAGUACAACAUCUUCGUUGAGGACAUCAUGGUGAGGAAGGUGAACUUCAUAUCCUCUCAGUCCACGUACCGAGAAGUCAAACUGCUGCUGGACUCCUCCUCCCUCAAGUCCAUCCCACUGGUCGACUCUAAAGAGUCGAUGAUCCUGCUGGGCAGCAUCGACAGGCUGGAGCUGCUGGCUCUCUGUGAUUGGUGGUUGUCAGCGGACAGGAGGCUCCUCCUCAUGCAGGAGCAGAACUUGUCUCAGAAACACAGCUGGGAGUCCUUUGCCUUCGUGGACGAGGAGGAAGAGGAGGAGGAAGGAGAGAAGGGCGGUCCGGUCCAGGAGGAGAGGAACGGCCCGCUGCCUCCUCCCAAAGCCCAGGAGCCGUCCUCCAACCACACCACGCCCAGUCCCGAGAAAGGUCCUCUGCAGUCCGUGAGGAAAACCCUGACGAGUCUCUUCACCUCCACCAGCCGACCGGCCGAGGGGCAGGCGCAGGAGCCUUGUCCUCCUCCCCUGUCGGACACCAUGACUCCAGAAGAGAUCAAAGAGUGGGAAGAGGGCGAGAUGGACAAGCCGAUGGAAAUCGACGAGAUCCGAGUGGACCCCUCCCCCUUCCAGCUGGUGGAGAGAACCUCGUUACACAAGACUCACACCUUGUUCUCUCUGCUCGGGCUCAGUCACGCGUAUGUGACCAGCAUCGGCAAACUGGUGGGAGUGGUGGCGCUGAAGGAGCUCCAGAAGGCCAUCGAGGGCUCCACCCGCUCCGGCGUGAGGCUCCGCCCCCCCCUCGCCAGUUUUCGAGACGUCAGCAAACACAAGUCUGUCUCUAAACCUCCCUCCUCCUCCUCCUCCCCCCCCGCUGCUCCUCCCUCCUCCACGACCUCCACCUCCUCUCCCUCGGCUCCCGCCACCCCCCCCCGGCCUCCUUCCUCCUCCUCCACGCCUCCCCCCCCCCACGAGGGUGAGACGGAGGUGUGGAUCGAGGGGGGGGCGGGGGAGGCGGAGGAGACCAGCAGUGCCGGGAGCGGGGGGGUGUUCUGCACAGCCAGUCGGAGCUGCAGCUUCGACAGUGACCUCAGCCUCCCCCCCUCCUUCACUCCCCCCCCGGGGCCUCUCUCCUCCUCUGCACCUCCUCCUCCCUCCAUCCCUCCCUCCUCCCUCCCUCUCUCCUCCCUCCCUCCCUCCAGCCUCGUGGGGGGGGAGGACAGCGACGAGGAGCCGAUGGUUUAG